AUCUCUCAAAGUAAACAUGUGGUGACCAACAUUCAUUUUUGGAGUAUACGUGUGAAUUUCAAAGUGUGAAGUGUUCAGUUGGACUCAGUUGAAAUAGUCAUGGAGACUGAAUAUAUAUACGUGAAAAGCCACUCUUGUGACGCUACCCUCUUGUGACAUCACCAAUACGUGACAUUGGAAAGAUGCAUAGGACUCCCAUAAAGGAGCAGCCAGUUCAGAGCAAUGCACCAGAAUAUGAGAGAUUAUUAAGCCCUACUUCAAUAGAUGGCAGCACCAUACCAGCAUAUAGGGCACCGACAGAGCCAAUCCAUGACCCGUCCAGCUAUGGUACCCCUAAAGUUGCCAUGGCAACCACAAGAGCAAGAAGGGAGUCAAAAUCCAGCAAGAGACCUCCAGACACCAAAGCUGGCUGCAGUAUUGAGACCCCCAUGACGAUUCCUACUGCCCAGGUGCCACCCCAUACUGCAUUGGUGCCCCCUUCCCACCUUGUUGGACCAGAUGAUCCCUAUGACAUCUCAGAUAAACAGCAUUAUGGUGGUCACCCUGCAAAACCAAAUAUGGAGUGUUAUGUAACUGAGGAGCUUGAUGCUGACACUACUGAAUUAAAGUUGUCUAAAAACCACCGACAAAUAAUUCAAAGUAAUCUAGAUCAGGAUUUGAGCUAUGUUCAAGGAAAGUAUCACACUGAUUCAGCGAACCUGCACACAUAUCCUGUUAGAUUAGAGGCUAAUACUAGAAACAUUCAUCCCCAGUAUCAUCAAAUGACUACCCCUUCUACUGAACUAGGAAGCACAGGCUUUAUCUCACACUCUGGUCAACCUUUGACCUCGACCUUUACCUCAACGGGUCAGGGUCACCACCCAAGUAUUAAACACAUAGGUCAAGGUCACCCAUCCAUGACACCUAUUGGCCUUGAUAAACAUUUGACCUCGACAUUCACAUCUGGUCACCCUGGUAUUUCACAAAUAAGCCAGGGUCACCCUUCCAUGACACAUGUGGGACCUGGUCAAAGACACAUGGGAUCUGAAUACCAAAGUCUUCAAGGCCCAAGUCUCUCUCAUACAAGUCCAACUGGGACACGAGGCUCCUCUAGUCAAACUGUGACAUCAUCAGUUGAUGCGAAUUUAGAAUCUUGGCAGUAUGGACAUCGGAAACAGUUACUACGGCAACAGAUCGAUGCAACACAUGGCGGAAUGUCCCAAUUACCUCAGUUCACAUCACUUGCACAUGUGAUGCCACCUAUUGGUGAUGAUGAACAUCGCUGGGGCGCCCUACGUCGUGCUGCAGACAAUAUUCUCAAAGAGAAAGACAUGGUGAUAGAGCGCCAGAAGAUUAAGAUCUUACAACUGGAGCAGCAGAGUAGAGAUAGCGAAUCACAGCUUCAUAAAGCUCUGGUGACGAAUAUCAACAGCACUGGAGAUGGUCUCAAGAUGAAGAACCAGGAGUUGGAAUAUGAGAAUGCCUGCCUCCAAUCCAAACUAAAGGAGUCCAUAUCAGAGAGAGACACAGAGAUCAAAUCUCUUCAAGCCAAACUAGGUCAAGCAGAAUAUGACCUGGAUGAGCUAAGGACACUAACAGAGAAGCAAACAGAUGAACAAUCAAAUGAACUUUUACAACUUAGAGAUCAAAUAGAAGAUAGGGAAACUGAGUUAUCCGAUUGGAGGGGGAAGCACAAUAAAUUGAACGGCAAAUACAAUGCAGUCAAGAAGAAAUUAGAUAGUCUUGAACGCUACCUGGCAGACCUCCCAACUGCUGAGGAGCACAAUCAGUCAUUACAGAAAAUAUCCUUUGAAGAAGAAUCUAGUCUCAAAGAUUCACAAAUAAGUGACCUUGAACAAAAACUUCUUUCAAGAGAACGCCUGAUUUGUGAUCAAAAAAUAAAAAUCGAAGACUUGGAGGACCAAUAUCGAGAUUUGUCUGUCAAAACAGAGCGUUUAGGCAAAGAUAAUAACAAAUUGAAGAAAGAACGUGCAGAGGCUGAUGGUGGUGCCACCAUACGGUUAGAAGAGGAACUAGAAGAGCUGCGAUGGGAUAAUGACAGAAUGAAGUCUGAACUUCUCAGAGCUAGAAAGGUGCUUGAAACUAAACAUAAGGUCCAUAAAGAUGCAGAAAUGAAGAAUAAAGCAAUUGUAAGUGAGCUGGAAGAGCGUAUUAACCAUGAAGAAGCUUCUGUAUUAGCCAUGAGGGAGGAUUCACAAGUAAAGGAAAAGCAAAUGAAGCUUUUGCAGAAGACAAUGAAAGAGGUGAGCAACCAGAAUCAAGAUCUGAUGGAGCGCAACAUGAUGUUACAAGACUUGAUUCAACAGCUAGAGAUGCAGACAGGGGAGGAGAAACAAAAAAUGGAACAGCGACUUCAACUAGAACUAGAUGCCUGCUUCUUGGAACUGAAAUCACUUGUCAACAUCUGUCUACAACAAGCUGAGGGGAAAGAUCCUAAUUUGUCUGCACUACUGGGAGUCCAAUCAUCAAGUCAAAGUGUAACUAUGAACAAAGAGCCUAAAGACACUGCUGAGACAUUGAAGCAGAAGAUACAUAGCGUGAAAAUGCUACGUAAAGAUAUUGACUCAAUGAGAGCUCACAUAUCAAACAAAUAUGCUGAGUUGAUGGGAGAAGCUCUAAGCUGUACAACUCAAUAGUCAUAGGACAAUUAUUUUUAAUACUCUUUGUGUCAGAUACACUCUGAUGUCAUUAACAAUCUGAUUUUAAAUACUGAUGUCAAGUAAAGUUAUAAUCAUCUUCACACCCUUGGUCAGCAGACUGACCGAUGGGAGUCAACGGAAUGAAAAUGGUCAUAAUCAUAUUGAUCAAAUACACUCUGACUUCAACAGCACUCUGAUGUCAAACAAAUUUGAUGUCAAAUUCUUAGAAAAGAAAUACUGAGUGUUCAGAUUGUAAGAUAUUUUGUAAGAUAAAACCCAUAACACCUCUAUGUUGGUGAAUACUCAUAUUUAAAGAAAUCCAGUUCGAAUACAUGUUUUUUAAAGGGUGUUCAAAAUUUUCUGGUUAUUUACUUCACCAAGCCAAAUAAGCCAGAAAAAUGGGAGAAAUAUGAUCCACGUUAAUUAGACGAGGGCACUCCCCUGCUACUAGGGUUAAUGUAACUGUCCUUUCCAAGGCAGUUUAGCAUGGAAGUGGAAAUUCUAAAUAUGAUAUUAUGCUAUAUUUAAGGAACAAACAGCAACAACCAAACAUUUGAUGGCUACUUCUGUAUAUAAUAGCUGAUAUUUAUCCAAAUGAGAACAUGAGCCAGUAAAACAAUUAAAAAAAUUGUUACACUAAAGUUUUAUCAGAAGUUAUUGGAUAUCUUAUAAUGCUUUUACUUUUGGAUAUUUUAAGUUCAUUUUUACAUGUUUACCUUAUAGGGUUUUUAAAAAACAGACAUGACCUAUUUUGAGCUCAGGAAGUGUUAAAUAAGUAAGUAUCAGCUUGUAUGAUGGUGAUUUAUGAGUAUAAGUAAGUUUUUCCUCUCAUCCAUUUUUAUGUGAACUAUUGUCAUGUUUGGAAGCCAUAGGAAUAAAAAAAAUAUAUAUUCACUCACUCAUCAGCUAUCACAGUUUCAGCACAUUUCAGCAACUUUACUUAUGACUGAAUGUCCAAAAGUCACUUCCAUCCAUGUACUAUUUCCAAUGCAUCGGAACCAAAAAAGAUUAGCAUGUUUAUGUAUAAACAUUAAUUUGUAAAUCUUACUAUUUUUAAUGUAGUGUAUUUAAUAAAUAUUUAUAUUGUUA